UCAAUCUGGCCAUAUCCCAAAGCGGGCUGAGAACAAGAUGCAUCUUGCAAAUCUACGCUCUUGCUCUUCCCUUUCUAUCCUGCAACUUGCCGGAUUCACCACAGAUCAGCUCGCUUCUGCUGCGAAUCUGGCUAACCCGUGUCUAUCUUCGACCCCUCCUCUCGCUAUCCCGGGCACACAGCUGCAGUAACCUCCCUCGAAACCGUGUCGAAAGCAGCACCCGUCGGCGCACUACGCUGCUGUCUGCUACCUCCCGUCGGAGCCUUAUCCCCUGUCCGCGCACUUGUACCGGUCACCUGACGCUGUUCAAGCCCCCAUCGUCGCCCUAACAGCCGUCUCCGGGUUCCUAUUCGCGCUCUGAGCACCAUCUUCCAGCCUCCCGUUUUACAUAUCUUCUUGAUCUCAGAGCAACACAAUGAGUUUCCACCAUGCUAAAGGAGGGAUUUUUGAUGGGCUGCCUAUUCCUGCUGACAAGGCUUACUUAAGAGAAGGACUCUCAAGAAUAGAUGAAAGUUGGGCCGCUGCACGCUUUGACUCAUUGCCUCAUGUGGUCCAUAUCUUGACAUCAAGGGACCGUGAGGGUGAAGUCCAGUUCUUGAAGGAACAAAGUGACCUUAUUGAAGAUGUUGUGGAUGAAGUUGUUCACGCUUAUCAUCAUGGCUUCAAUAAAGCGAUUCAGAAUUACUCCCAAAUCUUGCGGCUAUUUAGUGAAUCUGCUGAAAGUAUUACCUUAUUAAAAGCUGACAUGGCAGAAGCGAAGAAACGUCUUAGCUCUCGCAAUAAGCAACUGCGUCAAAUGUGGUAUCGGUCUCUUACGCUUCGCCACAUGUUAUCUCUGCUGGAUCAAAUUGACGGUGUAGCAAAGGUUCCUUCUCGAAUUGAGAAGCUUAUUGCAGAAAAGCAACUAUAUGCAGCUGUUCAAUUGCAUGUUCAGUCAUCAUUGAUGCUUGAGAGGGAAGGUCUUCAAGUGGUUGGUGCUCUUCAUGAUGUUCGGUCAGAAUUAACCAAGUUACGCGGUGUACUUUUCUAUAAAGUUCUGGAAGAUUUACACAGUCAUCUUUACAACAAGGGUGAAUACAGCUCAGCUGGUUUAAACAUGCCAGAUAAGGAUGAUGAAGUGCCAAGUACGACUGCUGUUGCAUUUUCAGUGAGCAAUUCACAUCCAAUUUCAAAGAGAACCAGAUCUAUAAAGGCUGAUUAUCCCUUAAGCGGCUCAGGGUUUGUUGAUGGAUCUUUUAGAUCCAUUUCUAUUGAUGGGGGUUCCUCUGUUGAUGGUCAUGAUGAUGAGAGUAGUUUUGAUGUUACUGAUGGAGGUACUUCUGAUGGGCAUCUGAAGGAUACUCGAAGCAUUUCUCUUCAAAUUCCAUCAUGGCUUUCAGCUGCAACUCCGGAUGAGUUUAUUGAAUCAGUGAGAAAAAAUGAUGCUUCCCUUAGUGUUAAGUAUUUACAAACAUUAGUUGAAUGUCUUUACAUGCUUGGCAAAGUUGCUGCGGCAGGUGCAAUAAUAUGCCAAAGGUUACGACCAACUAUUCAUGAAAUUAUCACAUCGAAAAUAAGAGCUUAUGCAGCCAGGACUUCAUCAAGGUCAUGUGUUGAUCAGCCUGGCAAAACAGCUGUAUUUAAUAUUUUUUCUAAAGGUACAUUUGGAAGCAAACAAAAGGUUAAGAAUGGAACAACUCUUUUGGGGACACAGCUGGUUACUGGCCCUGUAUCUCUAACAAUGGCACCGCUAGGAACAGCACAGUCUGCUGCUAGUGAGCUUCUUAGUUACAUUUUGGAUUCCAUCACUCGUAUAUUUGAGAACCAUGUUGUUGUUGGUGAACUUCUGGAAUCAAGAUCUUCUCAGACAGGCGAUAUUAUAAACAGGCAGAGCUCUUUGAAUGGGGAAACAGUGUGGAAUUCAGAGUCCGAAUCAUCGCAAGUUGCGGGUGGCUUUAGUGUAGCCUUUUCUUUGACAGUCAUGCAGAGUGAAUGCCAACAACUUAUUUAUGAAAUAUUGCGAGCAACUCCAGAAGCUGCAACUGCAGAUGCUGCUGUCCAAACAGCUAGGCUUGCAAAUAAGGCUCCUGUAAAAGAGAAGAGGGAUGGAGCUGAUGGUCUUUCGUUUGCUUUUCGGUUUACAGAUCCAGGCUCGUCUAUGGCCAACCAAGGAGUUGGCCAAGGAUGGAGGAGAGGAUCUAAUGUACAACAAGAAGGAUAUGGUACUGCAGCUGUGCUUUCUGAAGAAGGUAUUUACCUUGCCGCAUCUGUCUAUCGGCCAGUGCUUCAGUUCACAGACAAACUUGCAUCAAUGUUACCUCUAAAAUAUUCACGAAUUGGAAAUGAUGGCUUACUAGCAUUUAUAGAGAAUUUUCUGAAGGACCAUUUUCUGCCAGCAAUGUUUGUAGACUACCGAAAAUGUGUUCAACAAGCUAUAUCAAGUCCAGCGGCUUUUAGGCCACGUGCUCACGCUACUGUAAUGUAUAGUCCGCUAGUAGAGCAGGGGCGACCAGUUUUGCAAGGUUUAUUAGCUAUUGAUUACUUAGCGAAAGAGGUACUCAGCUGGGCAAGGUUGAUACCAAAAUAUUCCAAUGAACUAAUUGAAUAUGUUCAAACAUUUCUUGAACGUGCUUUUGAGAGAUGUAGAACUUCAUACACAGAGGCUGUUUUAGAAAAGCAGAGUUAUUUGCUUCUUGGAAGGAAUGAUGUCGAGAAGUUGAUGAGACUAGACCCAGCCAACUCUUGUUUUCAGAACUCUUAUGGACAAAUGAUGAAAAACAACGUUUCAGAUACAGAGAGUAUUGAAGCUGAGAGAGAAAUGAGCAAUCUUUUAUUGAAUUUGCGGCCAAUUAAACAGGAGAAUCUAAUCCAUGAUGAUAACAAAGUCAUUUUAUUGGCAUCCCUUACUGACUCCCUGGAAUUUUUAGCAGAUUCUGUUGAAAGGUUUGGAGAAUCUAUUGUCAGACCGGCAGCUGGCUCGGACAACAAGAAGAUUUCUUAUCAAACUAACCACCAUAGAAGAACUCCAAGUGUUCUUACCAAAACUUUGGCAUCUCUUGCGGAUGAGUACAGAAAACUUGCAAUUGAUUGUGUCAAGGUUUUACGAUUGGAAAUGCAGUUGGAAACAGUUUUCCACUUGCAGGAAAUGGCCAGUAGGGAAUAUCUGGAAGAUCAAGAUGCAGAAGAACCUGAUGAUUUCAUUAUAUCACUAACUUCUCAGAUUACACGAAGGGAUGAGGAAGUGGCACCAUUUGUUGCGGAAUGGAAGAGAAACUAUAUAUUUGGUGGAAUAAGCAGCAUUGCAGCAAACACUUCUGUCCAGGUUCUUGGUGAAAUAAAGUCAAUCAAUUUACUGGGUGUCCAGCAAAUAUGCAGAAAUUCUAUUGCACUCGAACAGGCCCUAGCCGCAAUACCUUCAAUGGACAAUGAGGCUGUUCAACAAAGAUUAGACCGUGUUCGGACAUACUACGAGCUCCUAAAUCUACCAUUUGAGGCGCUACUUGCUUUCAUCACCGACCAUGAGUACCUAUUUACAGCCAACGAAUAUUCAAAUCUUUUAAAAGUAAAGGUGCCAGGCAGAGAGAUCCCUCAUGAUGCGCAGCAGCUGGUAUCCGAGAUCCUAAAUCAUUAGUCUAUUGCUUUAUGUUGCCAGGUUAUUUUCGAAGCUGCUCCAUCUAAAUAACCUCUGAAGUACGCAGCUCUGCAUAUGUCUUACGUACUCAAAAUUUGCUCCUGAUGCUUAGAGUUAAAGGGAAUAGCUCAGAGUUGAUUUUUUUUUUAAUUAUUAUUGUUUUUUUUAUUCAAAUUAUUAAGUUUUGUUGCAUUGCAUUUAUUUGUCUAUUCUUUCAAGGGAGUUAAAUUGAAACUGAAAUGUAUAUUUAGUGAAAUAUUUCUAUUGGGACUUGUGAGUGGUGACUUUAUCUACCCUGCUUUCCGGGCAUUUACAUACAUACCCGGUAAUUUUUAUGUAUUUAUAUAAUAAAAUUU